AUCUAUCUAUCUAUCUAUCUAUCUAUCUAUUUACCUAUUUACUUAUUACAUAUUACAUCUUACUUGAGAUAUAUACAAUUUAGAAACUUACAAGCAGUUAACACGUCAAGACCAGGCAAAUCGAAUCUUAUUUAAAUAUGGCUGCGCGACCGACCUUGUUCACCAGGGGGCUCUCCUCCCUUUCACAGACCACCGAUCCCAACUCGCCAAAUGUCAGCUCGCCCGCUGAACAACGUGACGAUGCGAAACGCAACCUAUUCAAGACCAUGCGGCCCUUGCCCACUCAGCACUACUGGAACGUGUACUUUGACAGACAAGCCAAGGAGCCAAAGAAAGAGGACGAUGACAGCUACCAAGUAUCACUGGAGCAGCUAGGCACGCAAAUCGAAUCGGUCCAGGACUUUUGGCGAUAUAACAAUAACACUCCCGUCGACCAAAUCAAGAUGCGCGAGUCUAUUUAUCUGUUCAAGAGUGGUUUCAAGCCCAUCUGGGAGGACCGCCGUAACGUGUUGGGCGGAAGCUGGACGUUCCGAGUGCCUAAGAGCGCGGGCCCAGACUUCUGGACACGCGUACAGCUCAUGGCCAUCGGCGAGAAGCUACAGGAUGUGCUCGAAGAAGGCGACACCAUCUGCGGUGUCGGCCUCUCCGUCCGUUUCAACUCCCACCUCAUCUCCGUCUGGCACCGCGAUGCCUCCAAGUCCAAGUCCAUCGAUGCCAUUCUCGAGGCCGUUCUCGAAGACCUCCCUGCCGAGCUCCGCCCCAAGCCCGACAACUACUUCUACAAGAAGCACUCCGACCACCCUGGCUUCAACCCGCCCCCGGAGCUCAAAGCCGUCAUCGACUCCCGCAAGCGCGCCGAGGAAGCCAUUGCUGCGGCAAACAAACAAAAUGAGAAUGCCAAGCCUGCACCGGCCGAGUAAGACAACCUAGGUUACUCGGCAAACACCACUAUAUUGGGAAAGCUCAGACUAGUUGGCAUCUGAUCGAAUCCUGACCCAACAUUUUCUCUGGCCAUCUACUUCCCUACCGAUCUACUUACCUUGAAAUCGGACCCUAUUCAUGGCAAACAUCUAGUGAUGCAUCAUCGGAUGAAAGUUUCGAUGGAUCUUGCUUUUAGCUUUCCGUAUCGGCUGAAUUUCGUCUCAUUCCCCUUUACAAGGUUCGGUCGAAUAUAGAAACUAAACCAAACUCAACCGUACGAGGUGGGGAAGACUGCAUUUUUCUGGCGUUUGCAAAUGGAUCAUCAAUAUAUUUACUACGCUCCUAGAGGACAAUACAUUUAUUAUAUAUGAGCAAUGAACUUUUUGGAGAUUGAAACUAUGAUG